AUGUCGCUCCCCAGCGCCGAGCCCCGUUCCCAAGAGGAGCCCUCGGCGGAGGGGGAGGCGGUGUCGUCCCCCGGGGCCGAGCCCGGCGCUCCUCCCGCUCCUCUUCCCGAUCCUCCGCCCGCUCCUCCCAGCGCCGUGCGCGGGGCGGGGCCGCGCUCCCCGGCGGCGGGAGCCAUGGCCGAGGCCGAGCGGGAGCUGCAUGUCCGCUUCAUCGAGCCGGAUGAGGCCGAGGCCGAGGGGGCGGCCGGGGGCGGCGGCUGGCGCUGCGGGCGAGGCGCGGACGGGGCCGCGCUGCGCUGGUGCAUCACCGGGGUGCUCUGCGCCUCCUUCCUGGGGCUGGGGAUGAGCAUCGCGGUGCUGGGUCCCACCUUCCCCAACCUGGCCGCCAAUGUCCGCAAGAACGUCAGCGACAUCUACUACAUCUUCGUGGGCCGGUCCCUGGGCUACCUGGGUGGGUCGGUGCUCGGCGGGGUGCUCUUCGACUGCAUGAACGCCACUCUGCUGCUCGCAUUAUCCAUGCUUGCAACAACAGUUGGUCUUUAUGGGAUACCCUGGUGUAAGGAAUCCCUGCUAUUAACAAUCUUGAUGUCAGUUAUUGGAGGUUCCAUGGGAAUUCUGGACACAGGUGGCAAUGUAGUGGCACUGAAUACCUGGGGAUCAGAGGCUGGGCCACACUUGCAGGCUUUGCACUUCAGUUUUGCUGCUGGUGCAUUUGCUGCUCCAAUCCUGGCUAAAAUGGCCUUGGGGGGCUCUGAAUCUGAAAAACUUCCAGGGGCCGAAAAGACAAACCAGUCUGUCCUGAAGUCUGUGACAGCAUCAGCUGCAUCAACUACAUCAGCACUGAAAGACCAUCAUGAUGGAGAUUUUUUGUGGUCCUAUAUUAUCAUAGGGACAUACAUUCUUUUCGUUUCCAUCUUCUUUUUUGUUUUGUAUUCAAAGGGCAGCUCGGCUCAAGACAAAUUGAAGGCUUCUGCGCAGAAGAGAGUGCUUGCCAAAUACCACUGGCUUCUAGUUGGUCUCCUGUUCUUAUUCUUCUUGUUCUAUGUGGGAGCAGAGGUCACUUAUGGCUCUUAUGUAUUUACUUAUGCAAUGGUCUUUGCUGAGAUGAAAGAAAGUGAAGCAGCUGCUUUGAAUUCUGUCUUCUGGGGUGCAUUUGCCGUGUGCAGAGGAGCGGCGAUAUUCGGUGCUGCUUUCCUAUAUCCUGGCACCAUGAUCCUGAUUAGUCUCUUAAGCUCUGCUGCCUCCUCUUCAGCCCUGGCCUUCUUUGCACAUUACCGAGCCUUGCUGUGGGUGGGAACUGCCAUGUACGGAGCAUCCAUGGCCACCGUCUUCCCCAGCGGCAUUGCCUGGAUCGAGCAGUACACGGUCGUUGAGGGGAAAUCAGCCUCUCUGUUCGUGGUGGGCGCGGCGCUGGGCGAGAUGUGCAUUCCUGCCACCGUGGGCUAUCUCCAAGGCAGGUUCCACCACGUUCCUGUCGUCACGUACGCUGCCUUUGUCACUUCUGCAAUGACAGUCCUGCUCUUCCCCAUCAUGUACAAACUGGCCAACGUUCCCCAGGAGAAUGACUUGAAAGAAGUGAGUGACAGCGAGACCCGGGCAGCUUUGUUGUCAGACUCGAGGCUUACUGAGGAUGAGGAGGAUGAGGAGGAUGUAAGAGAGUGGAACAAUGCAGACUUUGAGGUAAUAGAAAUGAAUGACAAACUGAAAAACUCUCUGAUGGACACCUCCCAUAAGAUACCAGGGGACCCUCCAGCUGAAGUCUCUCUCCAGCCCCAUCUGGAUGAUGUAUUGGGCAACUCUCCAGUGGUUGCUGGUGGCUCCCCUGGAAGACAAAAUGGGAAUGUUGACUGGGAGAAGAGUGAAUAGAGUCAAAGCUUUUUUUUUUUUUUUAAUGGAAAUGCAAUUGAAUUGUAGCUGUUGUCAAGUGGUUCAGGAAUCCUUUCAAAGUGGUGCAGAGCUCAGCGUGUUCAUUUGCCCAGCCCUUUCUCUCCUCUUUCAUUUUCAGCCUGCAAGGAUGUGUCUUGGAGUGGGAAGGUCCUCAGUGAUGUGAAUGAGGCAACAUGAUAAAUAUAUAGGCUAUGCCAAAACUGUUAAAAUGUAAGAGAUGUUUUCUAAAUAUGAGGCAUGCAUCCAAGGAAGAGAUGCUGCUGUAGUAACUGGGAAAGAAGGGGACUGCUCAGACUACUCAGUUUUUUUGGGGGUGGGUGAAAUGUGCGGGUCUGAGGUCCUUUGUCACAAAACGGUUGCAUGAGAGAGGAGAGAGAUCUGUUAUCUGUGAUGCUGAACUUUCUUACCUUGUAAAGGAGGAGUGUUUCUACUGUGUUUGAAAAUUGUGUGUGAUCAGGAGAUCAGUUAAAAUUUCUGGUGAUGCCCAGCAGCUGUAAAUUGAAUAACCUUUUGGCAAACUAUAUGAAUUUCUGGUUCUGAGACAAAGACAAGAAAAAACUGGAAAUUACUUCUUAGGAGUGAAACCAUGCCUUUGGGUCAUUUAAAAGCAGUUUAUGAGAAAGGGGACAAAAUGGGUCAUUGUUUAUCUGCUCAAAUGCAUAAUUCCAACCUACUGAACAGUGGCAACAAAUCUAGAUAAAGUAUUUGUGAUUUUAAUUAUGGCACUACCACUGAAAUCAACAAAUGUAUGCAGAAGAUGAUAAAUUGCCAUGUAAUCUUAGAAUGGUUUGGGUUGGAAGGGACUUUUAAAGAUCAUCCAGUUCCAACCCCCUGCAUGGCAGGGAUACCUUCCACUAGACCAGGUUGCUCAGAGCUCCAUCCAGACUGACCCUGAAAACUUCCAGGGAUGGGGCAUCCACAGCUUCUCUGGGCAGCCUAUUCCAGUGCCUCACCACCCUCAGAGCAAAGAAUUUUUUUUUGAUAUCUAAUCUAAACCUACUCUCUUCCAGUUUGAAUCCAUUCCCCCUUCUCCUAUCACUACAUGCUCUUGUGAAAAGUCCCUCUCCAUCCUUCUUGCUGGCUCCCUACAGGUAAAAGAGAUGGCUUAAUAUAUGGUAUUUUUAUGCCAGUUGUUUAAAUUCAGGUUGUAGCAAAUUCUCUGGCUUCUUGUGCCAAGAAUUUAACAGGGUAGUGUGUUACAAUGAAGAUCUGAGAAGGAGAGGGAAUUACCAGUGAGACAAUCCUUUCCAGUAUGACUACUGGUCAGUUGGAUUGGUGACAUUUGGGUUUUAUUUAUUUCUUUGGGGAAUGGCAUAGAGCCUGACUCUUCCUAGCGGAGAAGCCAUGGAUUAUAGGUGUAGGUUUAUUGCUGCUAAGUAGGAAGCCCUGGGCAGGCACAGCCAUGCCAGGGAGCCCUCCUAGUAAGAGCAAAAAAAAAAAAAAAAAAAAAAAAACCAAACCAAAACCUAAACCAGCAGCAAAUGGCAAAAUCCGUCUCUGAACAGUAAUCUUGUCAUUUGUCAACUUGGAACUCCAUAUUUAUUAAGUAUUUUUUUAAGUCUGUGUGAUCAGAAUCUACUCUUGUUUGGGGUUUUUAACUUUGCACUUUUAUUAGUAUUUUUCUCACUAAGAGGUUUCAUUUAGUAACAAAAGAGCUCUAGGUGUAACAUAGCACAGAAUCUUAGAUGUUCCCUGCAUUUCCAGGUCUGCUUCUGUUCCCUCUCUUGUCCUCCAAGUGUGCAACCUAGGCUUGCAUGGCUUUUUCCUUUCUGAGGAGUUAGUAAGAAGCCAGAAUCAACUUGUGGUGAAAAAUGUGUAUUUUUUUGUUAGCACCUUGCCAUGUUGCAGGGCCUCCCUCUCCCUCUGCUGCUGGCACUUAAAUGCCACUGUGUUAUUGCCACAUUUCUUCUGUGGCAUCUUUUUCCAGUGCAAUGCAUGAACCUGCACUUUAAAAUGAAGCCUUGUUUCACUUGUGGCACGAGGGUUCUCUCUGCUUACAGGAAAUGGUAAAGGCUUGUAAAUGCCAGGCCCAGUCCUGGCCUAGGCACAGGUGACAGGAGUGAGUCCGUGUGGCCCUGUGUGCUUAGUUGAUUUGACAUGGAAGCAAACAGUGUGGUAGGCAGAGGGAGUGGCUGGAAUGCAGGCAGCUGGAGCCUGCAUUUCAUCAUUUUUCCUCUUCCCAUUUUUCCUCCUGCACGCUGCAAAAUAAGGGGGUGUCAGCUGAUGGUGAGGACAAAUCCCACUGGUGGAGGGGGAUGGAGAAGGUGCAGGACACACAAUGAAAGAUAUGGAAACUGCUGGAACUGCAAUCCCCCCAGCUUCACCUGCGCUGACAUUGCUAUAAGAAAGCUUCCCCAUACCUGAGAUAAUGUUGCCAGAAGAAAAUUAUUUAAAGAAAGAUACUGGGCAACCAAGAAGAUUCUAAACUCCCCCAGUUCAUAUGCUAGUUUUUGAUGAAAUUCCAGAUCAGAAUGUCCUACAAGUACGACUGUUCUCAGGGAUAGUUUACAUGGACAGUUUAGUUUACAUCAUUUGCAUAAUCAAAUACUAAAAAACCCCAGAAAAUGAAAUCAAAGCUGCAUUGGGAAAUAUGCUGUAAUCUCUUAGACGCUUAUCUACUGCAUAGAUACACACACUUAUUUGUGUUUCUGACCAGUGUCUUUCCAGCAAAUGUAAGAAUAUUGCGCAAAACAAAGUUUUUUGUUUUUUUUUUUUUACUGCCUGGAUUAACUCCUGUGUAACUUCAAUUCAUCCCCAUCCCCUCCUUAAAAAGCAGGAGGCUUGUGUAGUGGGAAUGGAGCAGCAGGCUGGAAUGCCAAGGUAAGAGCAGCCUUUUCCCACAAAUAAAGGAUCCAAAAAACAGCGGCUGUAAGACAGUGGAAGUUGAAGCAUUAUCUGUGUAGAAUCACUUUCUACUGAUGGGUGGAGACCUUUGCCUGGAUGACAUCUAAAUUUAGACUCAUCUUACAGGACCUUGGAGCCUUCAGUGUCUUAGUUCUGGUCUUAAACUUGAACUGGGAUAGACUGACAGAAAGUGUUCUCCUUAUCCCCUAACCAGCCUGCUUUUAAUACCAGGGGCUGCCCUUGACUGAAAAUGAAAUGCCUGAAGCAAUUAAAGUUUAGAACAAGAUCUAGGACAUUUCCAAUGAUGAGUCCAGCUCACAGCAAUUUUAGGCACCCUUGCUGGUCGAGGCUUUUUUGGUGUUCCUCAAGGCUUGGGUUUAGACAAUGAAUGUUAGUUUUCACAAGUUUAAAUUUCCUUCCCAAGUAAAUUGCUUCUUGGCAAAUACAGCUGAAACGAGGAUCUGUUUACAGUGCAGAUCUAUUUUAGGUUACAGAUCCCGAGAAGGCUUAAGUUCCUUACCCCCUAACUGAAAUUACUUGGACUAAAUGUUUUGCCCUGCUUAUGCUAGAAAAGCCAUCUCUCUGUUGAGGACAAGAGCUUUAAUCCAUAGAUUAGAUACCUGACUUUGAUAAUCCUCUUUUUGUCCACCUAGGAAUGGGUUGAAGAUGAGCACUCUGCUUCAGUGUGAAAGGUAACCUCUUGCAGCUGUCAUUUAAUACUUCAUUUAUGCUGAGGCACUGCCAAGUGCUGGACUCUACUGCAAGCACUCACACUCCCGGCAUUUGCACUUUUAUUCUGUACCUGACCAAUGCUUGAAUGCAAGACCAGGCAAAGUUUUAUGCCUUGAUGUUUGUUUCUUUUAAGUUACUUUGCAUACAAGUGUAUCGCAAUCUGUGGAUGUUCUCUUAUAUAUUUAAUAAUUUUUAUUCUGCUUGGUGUGGAUUUUACCUUGUACUGUAUAAUGUGACAUUUAAUAGACUGACUUGAGUCUUGACUGUAAUAAAUUCUUAUCUGGAGAAGGCACUCAGGUUCCUUGAUGUAAAUAAAGUUUUGUUCUAUUUUUCAAAACUC